UGUGAUUGCAAACAUUCUUUCAGAAGCAUUAGAGUGUACUGAACCAGUCAGAAGCUUUCCAUCUGUCUGCUCUGUACCAACGCUGAAGGCGCUCCGCUCUACCAGAGCUAUUAAAAGUGGGCACACCUUCAACAACAAGAACAAGCUCAGUUCGGCUCUGUUCUCAUUUUGGAUUAUUUAGACAACCCAGAGGUGUCACACUUAUAUGAUGGAGGGUUGAAGAGACUGCCGGUUUUUGUCUAGUGGCUUUUUUAAUUAGUACCCAACUGCUGCUGGUAAAGCAAAAAAAAUGAACGGUCUGUUCCAUUAAUAUUAUUAAUAUAUAAAUUGACAUGCUUUUUCACAUUUACAUACAUUAUUGUUACUGUUUUCCUUAUCUGGCAGCCAAACAAUGAUGAGCGUCUUCAUAACCCAGAAUUAGACAAUGUGGGAACAGAGGGCACACCCAGCUUUACCAUUUAGGUGAACGUAGCGGUUGCCAGCGGUGGCAAAACUUGGAGAGCAGCAUUUUUUAAAACAAUUGAAAUUGUGAGUUACACACAUUUGGACUUGAUACAACUGUCUGACAGCCAUUAGCACUAUUACAUUGUUCUGUGUUGCUCCUUGGCCUUAUUUACCAGAAAAUUGUGAAAUUAAAUCACACGUAUACACUUAGUGUCCAUGUGGGCGCUACUUACAGCUUCAUCUAGGGCAGAAAAACUUCCGUGGAGGAGUGACAGACACAUUGUCAGGUUUUUGAACAGAAUUCGCCAUGACAGAUUGGAUUUGUCACCUAAUGCCUUGUCUCCUGUCUGCUGUUUUAGCGUAAAAGCUUUGAAUGAUUAAGUGAUAAGCCCCCAGCUCCGCAUGUCAUUUAUUGUGUUCUCCAGGGAAGCAUUGGUUCUGAUGCCAUUGACCGACGAUAGAGAUCAGAUCAGACAUGGCCUUGAGGAGCUUCAGAAAGUCAUUCCUGGAGGAGAUACCUACAUGCAUGAAGGCUUCAUGAAGGCUAGUCAACAAAUAUAUUAUGGAAGUAUAGAAGGUUACAUGACUGCCAGCGUCAUCAUUGCCUUGACAGAUGGAGAAUUACAUGAAGACCUCUUCUAUUACGCUGAGACAGAGGCUAAUCGGUCACGGAGCCUGGGAGCUACAGUAUAUUGCGUGGGGGUGAAGGAUUUUAAUGAGACACAGCUGGCAAAGAUUGCCGACAGUAAGGACCAUGUGUUCCCGGUAAAUGACGGCUUUGAAGCCUUGCAGGGAGUCAUAGAUUCGAUAUUAAAAAAAUCAUGCAUAGAAAUUCUGGCCGCUGAGCCAUCAAGCAUCUGUGCUGGAGAGUCAUUUCAAGUAGUCAUUCGAGGGAAUGGAUUUCUCCAUGCUCGCAAUGUUGAGAAGGUCCUGUGCAGUUUUCGAAUCAAUGACACCGUCACUCUCAUGGAAAGACCCCUUGUUGUAGAAGACACUUACUUACUCUGCCCUGCUCCCAUCCUACGAGAAGUUGGCACAGAGGCCUCACUCCAUGUCAGCAUGAAUGACGGACUCAGCUUCAUCUACAGCUCUGUCAUCAUCUCUACAGUACGCUGUUCUGAUGGGACCAUCUUGGCAAUUUCACUCCUCAUCCUUCUUAUUCUGUUGGCCCUGGUGCUGUUAUGGUGGUUCUGGCCUCUCUGCUGUACAGUGGUCAUAAGAGAACCUCCACCACCUCCUCCAGACGACAGCGAGGAUGAAGAUGAUGAUGGGUUGCCCAAGAAAAAGUGGCCUACGGUGGAUGCAUCCUACUAUGGAGGCAGAGGUGUUGGAGGCAUCAAGAGGAUGGAGGUGCGGUGGGGUGAGAAAGGAUCAACAGAAGAAGGUGCCAAACUGGAAAAGGCAAAGAAUGCACGAGUGAAGUUGCCAGAACAAGAAUUUGAACUUCCUCCUACUCGAAUUUUGAACAAUGGAAUGCGCAAACCCCUUGAGCCCCGGAAGUGGUAUUCACCGAUCAAGGGAAAGCUGGAUGCUCUGUGGGUGCUUUUGAGAAAAGGAUACGACCGCGUCUCGGUGAUGAGACCACAGCCUGGAGAUGAGGGCCACUGCAUCAACUUCACCCGUGUGACAUCAGCGCACCCCAGAUAUCCCAUCUACAACAACACUUCUACACCAAUCUAUAACCCUAAAAAAAACAACUGCCCUCCUGCACCCCAAGGGAGCCUCCCACCUCCACCAAGAAGCCCCCCUACCACACCCACACCCUCACCUACCUCUACGCUGCCUCCUCUACCUCAGAGGUCACCAUCACCCCCUUUGACGAUGUUACCACCGGCUCCGCCUACUGCUCUUCCACCUCUACCGCCUACACCCGAGUGUCUCCCUUAUGCAGUCUACGAAACCCCACCCUCCCCAAUGUGUUCCCUGCCUCCCCCUCCACUUGCCCCGCCCCCUUGUCGAGCCCCACCUCCAGAUCGCCCUCCUCCUCGUCCCUCUCUCUAAACUGAGAAGAAAGCUUUAGAACUUUUUUAGACUGUUGUGAUGGAGACAUCACCUUUGUGAAAUUCUAGAAACAUUUCUUUUUUUUUGUUAAUUUCUUAUGCCUUAAGUAUGAUUACCAAACCACUAUGACGAAGAAACUGUUUGAUCCUGCAGCAUAACUUAGUCAUAUUACUGAGGCCACCUAUUUUGAAAUGGAACUUUGCUCUUCCUUGUCAUGUAAAGCAUUGAAUCUCCAACUCCGUGGACGGAGAGGAGAGUUCACCACGAGGCCUGUCUUGGAAGUGGAAAGGGCUGCAGUGGAGGAAGGAGUGAGAAGGUGGUAGCUCAGUUAUCUGCAACACAUACAUCAUGCUUUGGACUCUGCAGCUCAUUCAGUCAGAACGCUGGAGAAGAACUGAGCCCGAGAUGAAAAUGGAUGUCCACAGGGCAGGCGUGCUUGCUUCUGGAUAUACAGAUGGUAAAUUGAUUUUCAGGAGAGUAAUGAGCUGGACAGAAUGUAGACUGUAUCCUUUUCCUUUUUGGAUUAAACCAGUUAAUGUCUGUUCUUACACAUUUUCAACCAACAAAACCAGAAAAGGCUGGCCAUUUUCUAAUUUUGCUGUGUCAUUUUGGAACCCCUUUGUAUUCUUAUGCCAUGUAAUAAAACUACCCAACAGUGGGCCAUUACACUCCUUCUAGAUGUCACCUACCCCUGAGAAUACAGCUGGACAAUAUGAUGUUCAUCCUCCCUGAAACCUUCUUAAUGGGAAGAGGAGAGAGAGAUACUGUGACAGGGAGAGGAACUGGGCCACUCUGAUUAGAUCACUUGAGCCUGUGCAGAGACCAGCAGUGCUGUCAGUAUGGACAAGGAGGCAUCACCACCACAGUCUUUAACAUGUGACACAAGCCUCACAGAAAUGUCAUAACAUCCUCAUUAAUGGGACACUGAGCCAUCUGUGGCUCUGGGUGGCCCUUUGUGUCCAUCACCUGUAUUAUGUUACAGAAGCUAAGAUCUGACCAGUGUUUGUGGUUGGCUGUAAUUGAAGGGUUUAUUUGCAACACCUGCUAGCUCUGCUGCUAUUUUGCUAAAGUCCAGUGUCAGCUAGGAGACAUCAUGGACAAUAGACUGUUUUGUCUCAAAAGUUACUCUUUCCCAUUUCUGUAAUAGAAAUCAAGAACACUGAACACAAAUCAAAAAAGUUAAACAAUUUAGCACUGCUGCCUCCCAGCUCCAAGGGUGUGGGUUCAAAUUAUAACAUCACAACAAUCUUGACAGGAACGGGCCAAUCAGCCCAACAAGAUGAUGUAAUGUAAUGGAGUGGAUUUAGUGGCCUGGGCCCGCAUGUAUAAACAGUGCGUAUACACAUGAAUGUUGCAUAUGCCCGUUGCCACUCUCACGUCGGGAUGUAUACAAACUAAGCUUGUCGUGAUGCCACGCACAUUUUCACAGCAGCCUCAGACCAUGCGUAUACAUGUUUCGGCUCGAUUUUGUAAACGAGCACCUUCAAAAAAUGAAUUUACUUAUGUAAAUAGAAAGUAUUUCCACUCUAUUAAUGUGAAAAAUAAUAUUAGUACACAAAAAUGCAUCUCAUUAAUGUUGUGGCAAGAUAUUAUAAGUGUCUCACCAAUAACUGCAGCAGCUUAAAAAGUGUGAGCCCCAAAAUUCCGCCACCUUCUCCAGUGGUGUCAACAUGCAGACAAUGGGCUAUGAGACACCUUUUCACAUCAACUUUGAUAUCUGACCACUUCUUAUUUAUUUUUAGAACUGUGUGACUUUUUAAACUUGAACUUUUGAGGGUCUCAGCCAUGCUGUGCCACUCCAUCAAUUUCCUUUUGUUGCUUACACCACUGUUUAAGCCACCAAAUAGUAGAAUAUAGAAUAUGAAGAUGCAGAGGGUGGUAGUAUCAAUAUCUUACAUUUCCUGGAAAAUUACAGUAUACUUUUUUUAUUUAAUUAAUAGACAUUGUGUGCAAAACUAGAGAUGUUUCACUCCAACGUUAAAAUAAUAAUUAAAACUGGUUCUAAAGAUGUCUCAUGAACUUUAGGGGAAACAAAUGGUCAAGACACACUAGGGACAUAAAAAUGAGCAAAAAAGGCAGCCAGAAAAGAUCCUUUGAACUGAGAUCCUGAGACAUGAAUAGUUUUCAAGGCAGCCUGACCUUCCCCAGCAGACCACUAUUUAUCAUCUAAUUGUGACUUCCAGUGAUAUCUUGCCAAAUUAAAUUUAAUUUUAAGACUUAGGAGAAGGAUCAGUUUCUAAACUGGUGACACACAACAGUACAAACAUAGAAAAAGUGGAAAAAAGGAAAUAGAGUCAGGUAAAGAAGACAAAGGAGUGGAAUGACAACGAGUGAGCAGAAACGACGAGGCCUUUGACAAAAGUGUCUUCCGUCAAGGCCAAUAGGACUUUUCACAAAAUGUAGGCACUAAGGUAAUACAGUAUAUGUCAAAAGGAAAGAACAAGUGAGAUGAGGAGCUGGAUGUUCUGGGGACAAAAGAAACCACGCUCAUGGUGUAGACAUUUCAACCUCUGGACUGUGAACUUUGAUCCUGGAGACUGCUGCUCCUUCACCUUGGAGCUCCCUACUAGGCAGUUGUGCUGAAAGACGUCUAUGUUGGCUUAAAUGACCGCCAUUUGACUUUAAUGGGGUGGCAUCACUCUUAUACUUGAGCCCUGCUACAUCUGUUUAGAGAGGUUGAAUAAGAUCAUCAAAUAGACCCAGAAGUAUGCUGAGGUGAUCCAUUCAAACACAAGAGACAGAACAAGCCCUUAGUACCUCAGUGGGUCAAGUUGCAGCAUAUUGAGUGAGGAUGGCAGGAUGGUGGUUUACAGAUCUCAUGCUGUUGGUCGCAGUCUCCACACUCUCCCAGGCCCAGUGUGGAGGUGUUUAUAAGUGAGUUAACUGUGUGAUGGACUGUCAUUUCUUGUGUUGUUCCCAGUGCCACUCUAAAUCAGAAUAAGAGAAUGCCUGCCAUAAGAGUGGAGCACUUAGGCACAAAGUGAGUGUUGAAACUUCAACUACUGAGACGGUAAUUUUAAACCUAUCAACAACUAAGCCCUCGGUGCAAACCAAAACAAGAACACACCUGUCUUGUAAUUCAGCCAUAAAGAGUGUCCAAUCAUCUGUGAAGUCCUCGCUAGUCUGAGUGACUUUGUCGGCUUUUGACUCAUACAGUCGCUCAUGUGUGCCCUGCUAUACCUUACCAGAUGGGUUCAGUUAGAGAAACCCAAAAUGAACAGCAAGGUGGUCUGCAUAGAGGAGGGCUCUGGGGCACCUCAAGAGAAGAGGGGGAGCCAGAAGGAAUGAAAGGGCAGCUUCCUAGGUGAGGAAGGUCAUGAUCCACCAUUCAGAAAUGGGAAAAAAGUAACACUUAAGAUUCCUCCUAAAUAAUCCUGAUGGAGGUUACACAAAAUGCACAAGAAAUGCAACUGCAAGACAAGUUAGCAGGUUGUUGCUGGCACAUAUUUGCCCUCCUAUGGCUCAUGGGGUUAUCUCCACCUGGUCCUCUGUGUUGUAAAUUAUUGUAAAGCCAGCAAUGCUACAUGCCAUGUUACUAUGGAUCCAAGCUGGACUUGUUUGAAAUGUAUUUUAUGUUUUAAUUUUGUUAAAUUUGCCUUCAUUUUUCAUUGUGUUCCAACACCUGAACGUAGUGACGAGCGCUUGGUUUGCAUAAUGGACACUCGCACUUGGUCUGCCAGCACGUUCCCUAAAUUUGAACUUUUUUGCACAAGAUGGCUAACACAAGUCAGAGUUCUAUUAAAGAGCAGUAGAUGAAAAUAAAGAUGGAACAUCUUGGCAAAUCUGAAAGCAUACAGAAAAGUCGAACAGCCAGGAAACAGAAAUGAACAUAAACACGUGCAGAAAGUGGAAUAAAGAGCUGGGUGGUGCAAAGUAGGAAGGGACAAUGUACAGCAGACAUCGAAUUUAUUUAUAUAGCCAUUGGACUAAAGGGAAAAUAAAUGGUGCAAUCUGUAGGGGAGAAUGUGACGGCAAUACACCAGUUGCAGGAAAUGACGGAAUACAAGAUGUGGUGUUAGCGAAGCCAGCAAGAAGGGCACAACCAAAAAGAUGAGGAGCUAUGAAAGUGCAAAUACACGCUGUUAAUAUGGAAGCAGCUUAGCUGAAGGGAGGUGCUAUAAACAGCAAUUACUACUCAUAAAAGCACAGCCGUCAAGCCAUAGAGUGGAAUAAAAAUGCUUGAAGGGUACUGCAGAGUGUCCAUGUUCUCCUCAUGGCCUUGUGGACUUUCUCACAUUUCCUGCCAGUUAGGUUGAUUGAUAACUCUAAACUGACCAGCAUGCCCCUCAGUAGAACAGAGUGGCACCCCCCUCAGCUGUGAAAUGGAAUAAACAAGUUCAGAAUGCUGACAGGAGACAUAUUGGUGUGGAGAUCAUUAUAUAGGUUAGAAAUACUUUAAAAGAGGAGACAUGUCAGACUUCUUAUUUUUGUCCAUUUCCUUUGCACCUGCUGCCAAAGUCCCCAGUUAUGCCCUCUGUUUUGCAUCUACUGCCCACAUUUCUAUUUUUGUCCUCUUGUUUUGAACCUGGUGCUUUGAUCCUAUCCAUGUCUAUAAAAAAAGCCAAGCCUGAAUGCAUUUCUCAUCCUUCCUGCUGGUGUUCAUUUCCACCCCAGGCAGAUGUUUCUAAUUUAGACCAGAAGUGACUGAAUUUACUGCCAGUCUGUGUGCAAAAAAGAAAAUUGAAAAAGAAACCACGGGUUCAGAGAUGGCAUUUACUACCAGACUGAAAACACCUCACCAUCAGCAGACUCAGAGCGCUGUUUCAAGGUGCCGUCUGCCGCAUCUAAUGGCGUCUUCUCUGCAUGGCUUACAAAGCAAGCAGUUUCCAGCAGAAUGUGUGAAGUCUGCCAGAGGAUGCUAUGUGAGGGAAAGUAGGCAGAAAUGGCAUCAACAGUUUAAGACAUCAGAAAUGAAGGAACCUGCAGCAUCAGAGUAAUAAAAAGGUUAAGGGUGCCCACGAAGACGGGUGAGGGAGAGAGCUCAAUUAGAUAGGCAUAAAGCAAACAUGGCCAUCUACUCCAGAUGAAAAAAAAAUACAGCAAUCUGAGAAGACCUGAGCAAUGAUGCUGUGGUUAAAACUCUACACCAAAAGAGAAGUUAAUCUGACAUAGGUGAGAAAGCCUGGUUUGGGGAUGGCACCGUGGUUAGCACUGUUGCUUUGUUCAUGAAGGUCUUAGGGUUCAAAUCUCUACCCACUCUAUGUGUUGAGUUUACCUGCCCUGCAUGAGUACACAUGGGUUUCCUCCUGAAACCAAAGACAUGAAGGUUAAGUUGAUAGGAGACUCUAAAUUGGUCCAAUACUGCUGAGAGUGUCCUGUCAUUGACUAGUGUCCCAUCACAGCUUGGACCCUAUGCUGUAUUAGAUAGAUAGAUAGAUAGAUAGAUAGAUAGAUAGAUAGAUAGAUAGAUAGAUAGAUAGAAAUGACAAUAUUUUCAACAGAUACAAAAGGUAUGAUAGAUUGAAUUUUCCCAAGGGAACAUUUAGCCAUAAGUGGGUUAAGAAAAAAAAUGAACGAAUAUAUUUUUUCGAAGACCUUGCAGCUCUAAAGUCACACCAACAGACACACAGGCCAACAUCGAUCUCACAAAAGGCACCAUAGCCUGCCACAGACCUCCUGAAGGAAUUAAAGGGGGGAAUCUGAUGGUUAAGUUUGUUGGAAUUUAAGUUUGUUUUUAUUUUAUUCCGGAGUUUCCUCUUCCCAUUACUCUAAAAGAACCUUUGGCAGCAUUAUGCAAACCAAGCUGAGCUGGACUGUGUACUAUAGCCACGUAUAGUACAGUAACUGCACACCAAUGUAACCACUGCUCUAUUAAAAAAUGUUCAAUAAUCACA